GGCAACAGCCAUUUGCAAUAUCCACGUGGGAACGCACGAUGGGAAUGGGGUUUCAAGGGCAGGGGCCCCUUGAGCGAAGGAAGGGCAACAGUCGGCAGCGCACACAAUCACGAAGCCCAUACGCUGCUCAUAGCUUUCAAAACCGCGUGCCUCCAACAUCUGGGAGGUGUAAAACUAAAAGGGGGGAAAGCAAUCCGAAAAUUUGAGUCCCCGAUUGCGACACCCCGUUUUUGAUCAACCAGCGCCCCCUCCCGCUCUCUAUUGUAAUACUUAGUGCAUUUAAUACUUACUUAUGGCUCUUGCUUGCUAACUAGAAACAUGGAGCGUUUUGCGGCGAGAGAGAAGCGGCGGAGCGGGGAUGGUUCCCGCACUCCCCGAGCAGGACGGGCUGGACCUGCUGCUGCUGGUGGGCAAAAGCGGCACAAGCAGAUGGGAAUCGCGGCAUACCUUCGUUCGCCCGCGGCUGAGGAGACUCCAGCUGGUCAGGCGAAGCCUGCUAAAGCCGGGGGGAUAUCGUCGACCGGAAUUGCCAAGCUCGGGAACUUGGCGCUGAAGACGCUGCAGAAGCAUCACGUCCAGCCGCCCGCGGCGUGCACUUCUGGAGCUGCCACGACGCAGGGGCGACCAUGCUCACAUGAGCCAUGGCUGGCCCAGGACGACGACGGGGACGACUUCAUCAUCUCCAUGAGCCAGACCUACGAGCGGACGCAGCCAGACCCCUGCAUCGAUUACCCGGCGCGCGACCAGGACCAGGACGAGGAGCCGGAGCUGUCUCUGCGGCGGACGCAGCACUACCACGCCACCUCCUCCACGCAGCCGUACGGGCUAUCGCAGAACCCACUGCAGCUCAUGUCGGGUAUGCCCUCGUUCUCGGAGCCCAUGGGCCUCGGUCCCAUCCUCGAAAAUGACGUCCUCCGGGCACCCCCCAGCGACGAAGCAGCGCGCACGACCUGGGAGGCGCCGGAGGCCGCCAGCUUCACGCAACCCACGUUGGCGUCGCUGCCGGUGGACCUCAGCUUGGAAGGGCAAGGCUCGAACGCGCCAGGGGACCCCACGCAAGUGCCCACAGAGCGGGUAGCCAGCACGGUGGCGCCGGUGGAGCACGGGGACGCGCUGGAUGACACGAUAGACUUCCGGUUGCACCCGCACGCCGUGCUGCCGACCGUGUCCGCGGGGCCAGCGGUCACACCGGACAUCGGCGGGGGUGUCGCGGGCGGCUUCGCGUCGCAGGACGUUGCGGACGACGGGACAACGCCUCCGCUGCAGGUCAGCAUGCCGGUCUACUCUAUCUUCAACCAGGGGCGAUCCAGACGGCGGCCUGUGUUCGUCAUCCGGCACGGCGAGUCGGAGUACAACGCGGCGUGCAAGAAGGGGAUGGGCUUCGGUGACCCCAGCGACAUCUUCGACGCGCCGCUCACAGCCAACGGCGUCAAGCAGGCCAAGAACCUGCGGCCGCACGUGAUGGACAUGAUGCUGAAGCAGGGCGACCCACUCUUUAUCGUGUCGCCACUCACGCGCGCCAUCGAGACAUUCUUGCACCUGCUGCCGGACCCCAACCGCCUCAGCCUACCGGCUGCUCCUGCCUCGCCGUCCGCAUCAGCAGCCCCGGCCGCGUCGCAGCAGCCAACACAGCAGCAGGAGGACCAGGGCGGCGACGCCACGCCGCGCGGCGGGGAGAGCAUUCAGUCACUCCAGUCCAAGCCGCUCGACGUGCUCAUUUGCCCGACGUUGGCGGAGCUCUUGUUGACAUCGGGCGACGUGGGGCGGCCGCGGUCUGUGCUGCUGGAGAAGUUCCCGCAGCUGUCCACGCACCUGCAGCGCGGGCUGGAGCAGGAGCGCUGGUGGUACGAGAAGGGCGGCAAGGGCCCCAACUGCGCCGUCACCAAGGUGCUCAGCAGCACCGAGUCCAAAGCAGACUGCAAGGUGCGCGUGGACCGCUUCAAGCAUUUCCUGUACGCCCAGCAGCUCAAGAACCCGCAGCGGCCCAUCGUGCUGGUCGGGCACGCCAACUUCUUCAAGCACCUCAUGGGCGAGACCAACUACAUGGACCACUGCGUCAUCACCAAGUGGGCGCCAGCGUGACGCGCCGCGGCCUCUGGCGAGUCGCAGCGAGCGAGUUGCAGCCGCAUUCGGCGCGGAGGGUAGCCCGGCGCUGUACAUGCAUGAGCGCUGCGGUUGCUGUGGUGCCCUGGUACUCCGGGCCAUUCGUUGCUAUGCCAGGCAUUCGUUAGGUGUGGCGCAGACAGCAUUUUAGCCGGUGACUGCAAUGUCGCCUGCUGCCUGACAGCCCCUGUCUGGGCGUUUUGCAGCCAGUGUAGAACGAAGACCGAUGUUGCUGCAACCCGGGUGCCGGACGCAACAAGUGACACUGUGACGCAUACACUGGACGUGCGGGCAACAGAUGCAGACAGCGCAUUGCUCACACGGGCCUACGGGCAUUGCGGCAUAGGCCGUGGGCAUUGUGCAUGGCCAGAACGAAAGGGCAGAAGUUGCCCUCUCAUGAGGGCACCGGCGGGGCAUGCGUUUGUGUGGGCUCGCUGCCGUGCAGAGAAGGUUGCAUGAGCUUAAGGGCGUGCCGUGAGGCGGCUUGUCGCUUGUGUUCAGGUCCUGCGACUUCAUGGCUGGUUGGUGUGCUGCUUCAGUUGUCCUGCGUUGUGCAAUGAUCAGGAGCGCUGCGCAUGAUCGCCUAUGGCUAGCAAUGCCAGCUUUGGUACAGCAAUGCGCCCCAGACGCAGGUGCGCCUGGCAUGGUGCAAAUGCGUUGACUGCUGAGAGUAAAUGAGUGACAUGACUAGGUAUUCUUGGCUGUGUACCUGUGCUGAUGACGCUGCUCGUGAUCCGUCCUAUUAAGACCCGGAAAACUUGGCACUUUCUAUUGAUUCUUCCCUAUAGAUUCUCCUCUUCCUCCCUUGUCCAUUGAUUUCUCCGCAUCUUCCUCACCUCGGUGUAUAUGACGUGGAUGGCGCUGGCUUUGGUGGGGGUAUGCGUGUGUGGCAGUGGGGGCUAGACCUUGCAGGCCCUGCUUGGGGCACGGUGGUGUAUACAGUGGCGGUUGGCGUUGCACGAUAGUGCAUUCGUACUGCGUCGAUUGGCAACGCAACCGUGCCAUUGGCGCGGGUUGGAUGCAGCAAUCGUGAUGGAACAUGGCAAGGGGCAGGAAAGCGUAGUCCCGAUGUGUGUGGUUGGAUGCAGCAAUGUGAUGCGUGUUUUUGAGGUAAUGGGCGCCUUGUCCCAUACCAGAUGCUCUUGAAAGUAGUUGUCUGCGCAGCGCGCAAGCGGUUCGAGGGGCGGCGUAAGGUUGCUUGCGCUGUGGUACAGGCAAUCCUUGUAAGGAUACGUCGAG